GUUAGCUCUUCGAACUGUUGUCCACCGGGCUCAGCUUACAAACUUCGCUGAAGACGUAAUCCAUUAUUCAAAGGAACAGAGAUGGAAGGAGCCGGUACAAUGGCAGGCAGCCCUAGGCUGCACAGGUCAGAAUGCUGAUGAAGACACUACAGAGUUCUUGUUGUCUUUCCUAUAUGUGCUUUAUGAUUUGCUAAAGGAAAGAAAAAUAGGAAAAUGCCGAAAAGGAAAGGAGGUGCCCAGGGGAGAAAGAUUACCCUGAAAAUGGCAAAACAUUCCAUGAAGAUUACAGUCGAUGGGAAGCGUCGAUUGGACUUGAGCAACAUGGGCAUAACAACCUUUCCCAAGUGUAUUCUGAAGCUGAGUGACAUUGAGGAAAUCGACCUGAGCAGAAACAUGAUCAAAAAGAUUCCAGAUUUCAUCAACAAGUUCCCAAAGCUGCGCUAUCUCGAUUUCCACACAAACAAGAUAGAGAGAAUCCCAGAGACUCUCUGUCAAUUGGAGCUGCUCUACUACCUCGAUCUGUCCAACAACAAGCUCACGACUGACGGCUUGCCCUUGGAACUCACCCAGCUGAAAAACCUACGGGUACUGAACCUCGGGCUAAAUUCUGUGGAAAUGAUCCCAACGACAUUUGGCACUUUGAAGGAGCUAAAGGAGCUGGGGCUGUUCGACAAUCGGAUCACGUACAUGCCAGAGAAAAUCACCAAGCUCCCGAAGCUGAAGAAAUUGAAUGUAAUGAGGAACCCUUUCACCACCCCACAAUUGCCUGAAGAGCCAAUCGAGACCAUUGAUCGCAUCGAGAACCUUUAUCUAGUCAGGAGAGACAUGCUGUGCCGCCCCUGUCUCAAGAAAUGUCUGCGUGAGAGGGACAAAUGGAGCAAGGUGAAGAAUAUGGCUGAGUUGGAGGAGGAGCCUGAUUUUAGCGGUCUCAUAUCACCCAAUUCAAUUGCUAAGCAAGAUGAGGGAUCUUGGAGAAUUAGUGAAUCAAAAAAUAUAAGCUGA